AUUUCAUUGAUUUUAUGUCUACUGUAAACACAUUUUAAAAAUGUUUAUUUUAAAUGAUGUCUUGUGCAAGAAGUAAAAAUACUAGGCACGAAAAUAAUAAUUCAAAUAAUUCUGUGGGCAAUGAUCAUUUUAAGUACACAAGGAAUCACAAGAUCCGUUACGAACAGAAUGUACCGCAUCAGUAUGCGAGUAAUCUCAUGCCUGUUAAUGCAGGCGAGCAAAAAGAUCGUUUUCUUCGGCGUAACAUAACCCCUGAAUUUCACCUAAAAGUUAUCCCAGGAGAGUUAGAAUCUGCUAUAUUACAUGAUUCUGGACAUAUUACUUUCACUUUAUUUAGAGAAGCAACUCGAAUUUUAGAUACUGUUUGCAGGAAAUUCAAAAGCAUUGAUAAUUUUGUGGAACAAAGUUUUGGACCGAGAAUUUCUGUGGAAGAAGCAACCCAAAAGAUAACUGAAUAUAUAAAGGAGGCAAACUUGCCAACAAACUUAGAGGUUAUUUGGUGUGAAGAUUUAAUAGGAAGUGCUCUGAUGUGCAGUACUGGUAUUGAUAAAAAUGGAAACAUACCGAGGCACAGAAAAUUCACAAUGCUGCUAAAAACGAAUGAAGAAAAUACCUACUUACGUGAAAGAGGCAUAAUGUGCCUGAUGGAUCAUGAACUGGGAACACACUAUGUAUCCUUUUUUAUACUGUUAUUAUUUCGUUUAUUUUGCGUCACAUUUUGA